AGUUAAAAACAAAUUAAAAAAUGGCUUGUGUAUCCCAAUCAGUAAGUUUUGAUAGAUGUUUUUGCGGACAGGGAUCGCACAGCAGUAUACUCUACAGUAUUCUCAACAAAGAUUAUCCCAAGGAAACGAGUUGCUGGCAUUAUCGACAUCACCAUCGGCUUUCAGCUUUCGGCUGCUCCUGUGAAUUCAGAAGAAAAGUGGUUCUCAAAACACCAGAGCUCACUUGUAGAGUGGCCUCGGAAGUGCUGCUGAAGACACUGAAUUUUAUUAAGAACUUGCCCUCCUUUUGUCAGCUGCCUGAGGAAGAUCAGGUCCUGCUGGUGCAGAAUUGCUGGGCUCCACUCUUUGUCUUGGGCUUAGCUCAGGAAAGGGUGGACUUUGAGGUGGUUGAAGCCGUGACACCCAGCCUGCUGAGAAGGAUUCUCUUAAACCAGAAGGCAAUGGACGGCCAGAAUCAGGAGACGGACCUGAACAGCCCAACUCUAGCAGAAGUUCAAAGAGUUAAGUUAUUUCUUCUGAAGUUCUGGAGCAUGGACAUCAGCACCAAAGAGUACGCAUAUCUCAAAGGCAUCACUCUGUUCAACCCAGACGUCUCUAGUUUAAGAAUACCUCAUUACAUACUCGCCUUGCAACAAGAAGCCCAGCAAACACUGAACGAAUUCAUCGGCAUGAUGUACAAUGGAGAUCAGAUGAGGUUCGCUCAAAUUCUAUUGACCCUCUCCGCUCUCCGGACAGUCAGCACGACUUCUAUCACUGAACUAUUUUUCAGACCGGUCCUGGGCAAAGUGAACAUGAAUGAGUUGCUUCUGGAGAUGCUCUGUGCAAAGCUGAAUUAAGCUGCAAAAAUGCAAUUCACUACACUUGAACUUUCCUGAUACUUUUUGUAACAUGUUAUAGUUGUGUGCGUGGUGACCA